GUAACUUUAAGCUUACUAAGGAGACCUGUGUGGUCUUUAGAAAGAAUCUUAGCAUUUUGUACAAGACAAAAAGCUCGAGUAUCAAGAAAUCCGGCAAGAUCUGCAUUUCAGUGGUCUUCCGACCUGUGGUGACAGUGCGCAAGUCUGGAAAGCCGGAGUUACCAGGCGGCUUCCCUGAGGGUGAACCCCCAGACGAGAAAUCUGGAAAAAGUGACGCUCGUGCGAUGGAGCUUCUUCUCAUGUCAGAGAGAGGUGCAAUCCAGGUGUCCGUUUUACGUGGAAGAAACCUUGUUGCCAUGGAUAUAACGGGAAAGAGCGACCCGUUUGUCACUCUUCGUGUCGGAGACCAAGAGAAGUUCCGCAGCCGAGUUCACCAGAAGACACUCAACCCCGUAUGGAUGGAGUCUGUAGCUCUUUCUCUACCUGCAGACGACGACAAGCUGUACCUGGAUGUCUGGGAUAAGGACGCUUUAUCUCAGGAGAGGAUGGGUUCGGUCACCUUCAACCCGAACACGCUAAAAGAGCUUGCAAAGGAUCCGAGCGCACAGCAGUGGUUUAAGCUGAACAACACCAAGAGUGGGGAAGUGCAGCUGGCAUUCCGGUAUACCCCACCCGAGGAAUGUAACAUCGACGAGCUGAGUAACAGCUUCUCUGCGGGCGAAGUAGCGGAGGAGUUUGUCGGGCAACUGGAAGACCACGAGUUUGCUGAGCUCACCAAAUCGCGAAAAUCAGGUUGGAAGACGAUGCUGAAAAAGCGCCGUGGAGUGUUUGGAAUCUCAUCUCGCAUCAGCAAGAAGUCGUCACCAAACCCCCAGAUCACUCUACAACAACCUACACACGACAGUCUCGAGGACGACGGGACCCAGUCCCCCAAGACCCAGUCCCUCAAGCCCCAGUCCACCAAGCCCCAGUCCCCCAAGCCCCAGUCCCCCAAUAUCCACAGGAGAGGCUCCCCUGCUAACAAAGGAAAGAGCUCUCGCCCCAUUACCCCAAGAAAAGGUUCUCAUUUCACUAGUAGCGGGAAGGGCUCUCGCCAUUCCAGCCAUGACGAGGACGACUCAUCCGGGACGCCUCGGAAGAACUCAGGUCGCUCACUACCCGACAGGGACGACUAUUGGUUAGCAGACGACGAGGGACAAGGAGAUUCACCCGUGUCAAAAAACCCCAAGACCACCCUAGUGGCAAACGGUAAGUCGCCUUCGAAUAAACGCAACCGGAAGGGCUCUCUCAAGUGCAUCGGUGGCUUCUCGGACCAGACAGAUGCGGACUUCUCCUACCUACCCGUCCAAGAUUCCCCGAGUCCCAAACCACGGAAAGAGUCGCGUUGGAAAAUGAAAAACUUAAAAUCGAAGCCAAAGAGGCAGGGGAGCGUUAGCGAGAGCGAGGUAGAUUCUGCCGUGCUAGAGGAGUCACGUGACUUGCUUGAUGCAUGGUUCGACCAAGAGGAGACAGAGUCCGCUGACCGCGCAAAAUCCAAGAAAACAUCAGUCAAACACCCGAAAUCAUAACGGAGGACCACCGAGCGAAGUCCGGAGUGUAGGAUAUUGAUUAAAUGCCAUGGUUAAAAGUUUUAAACGAUAAAAACAAACUCGUUUGUUAAUGGAUCAAUUUUGAAUUUAUCGCUUGAACUAUAGUAAGCUAUUUAAAAAUCAAAUAAAACAUUAGUUACAACAGAUGUUUUCUCAUCUAGUUCGCUUUUAUUAGUUUUGAGUUUUGAUCUGUAAAGUAAACCCUAUGAAAUAUGAAUCCGUCUCAGUCAAUACAAAAAUUAACCCGCCAUUAACAGAAAUAAGAGAAAGAAAACAAAUGCCCAGUAAAAGUCUAACAUGAUGACACUUUCACAUUUUCAACGGAAAUGUAAUUCAUCAAGUAUUAGUCUAGUGUCUUUAUUGACGUUCUGUCUUCACCUGUGUAAGUUAUAUGUUAGAUGUGGUCGAAUUUCUGACCUCUGUGUCGAACAUAUGCGAUAUUAAACGUUUAAAAUACCAUAUUCAACUAUUAGUAUAAAUUCCGAUAACUAAUUUUCCAGUUUAUAGUUUUAACCCUCUUUAAGAAAUAUAAGAAAAAUAAUUAAAAGAAAACCAAUAAAAGACCAUUAAAAUAA